GAUCAUCAGGAAGAGCUGAAAUCUGCAAGCACUGAGUUUCUUAAAGAGGACAGAGAGAAGAUGAGAGAUCCAGAACCCUGCAGAAUCAAACUCACUGAAGACACUGAAGAACUAACAGAUCUGAUGGAAGAAAGCGAGGAGAGUGAAGAACUGAGUGAAGCAGAGGAGAAACAUCACGAGAACCCUGGAGAAAAACCCUUGAGUUGCUCAAAGACUAAAAAGACAUUUUUAAAGAAAAGAAGAGUCAAGAAAUCUUUGACCUGCUCUCAGUGUGGAAAGAGUUUCACAACCAAACAACAUCUUGAUGUUCACAUGAGGAUCCACACUGGAGAGAAGCCGUUCACAUGUGAUCUGUGCGGGACAAGCUUCACAGAUACAGGGAGACUCAAGAGACACAUGAGAGUUCACACUGGAGAGAAGCCGUUCACGUGUGAUCUGUGCGAGAAGAGCUUCACACAGAGAGCACAUCUUAAGGGACACAUGAGGAUCCACACGGGAGAAAGACUGUAUGCAUGUGAUCAGUGUGGAAAGACUUUCACACAAUCACCACACCUUAAAGAACAUAUGAAAAUCCACACCGGAGAGAAACCAUACAUGUGUGAUCAGUGUGAAAAGAGAUUUACAUACAAACAUGAACUUACUAUUCACACGAGGAUCCACACCGGAGAGAAGCCGUAUGCUUGUGAUGAGUGCGGCAAAAGAUUUGUUUCUGGAUCACACCUGAAGAAUCACCUGACAGUUCAUACGAAGGAGAAGCCACAUUCAUGUUCUGAUUGUGGAAAGAGUUUUUCACUUCUGCAAAGUUUAAAAGGACAUCAGAAAAUACAUACCGGUGAAAAAUCUUACAUGUGCUUUGAGUGUAAGAAGACUUUUAUUUCAGCAAACUGUUUAAAACUGCACCAGAGGAUUCACACUGGAGAGAAACCUUACAAGUGUUCACACUGUGACAAGAGAUUCAGUCAGUCAGCAAGUCUGAGAAAACACGAGACGAUCCACAGCAGAGAGAAACCACACACAUGUGAUCAGUGCGGGAAGAGUUUUGCUUUUAAAAAUCACCUGAAGAUACACAAGAAGAUCCAUGCAGCGGAGAAACCAGAUCAGCACAGUCUGAGAUCACUGUAACAGAAAUGAGUCGAACCAGACAAAUUAAAGAGUCUAUCAAAGCGGUGUUUGUAACACGAGCCGAAUUCCUCAGGAAGUCAUAAAACACUCUGUGCCACCAGUCCCAAGGAAGAUAACCAACCAACCAACUUGUUCACACAACAGCUUUCAACAUUAACACCACUAGAACAAUUAUUGACUAUUUUAAUUCGCAGAAGAGAU